GAAAGAGAAAAUGCACGCCCACGCCCACACACACACACACACACACACACACACGCACGCACGCAUACACGCACAUCAUCAUACACACAAUCCGUAUCACUCAUACAGUACUCUUCAUCAUGACAGGAGCAGCAAAACUGAGGUACAGGAAGUUUCGGAAGCGAUGUGAAGUUGUUAAGGUUGAAAAAUCCCCUGUAUUCCGGGUGUGUGUUUUCCCUGGUAUGUGGACCUCAUCAACAAAAACACAUAAACACACAUAAACACAUAAUAAACAAACAAGGUUUAGAUUUUGACAAACAGAUGGCCGCUCUGAGACCUCGCCUCACUCACAAACCAAACCUGCCCCCUAAACCAAAGCCACACACACCAAACACUAGCACCACACACACAACGGCAGCGACCAGAGGAGACGCACAGGACAUACACACAUCCUCAUUAACAACAACAGAGGACUUUCAGCAGACAGGCCACACCCACUCUUCCCGAGAGAAAGAGGAGAGACAAAAGAGAGAGUGGAGAACAGAGCUGCAGAUGGAUGCGGGACGAUCAGAGCCAGACGGCAGUGAGACAGACGAGGGUGUUAAAGCAGAGCUGAGUGUGAAGAGCUCGAUGAUGCCCCCUCAUCACCUGGAUGAGAAACACUGCCACUGUAUCUGUCACCUAUCCCGGCCAGGCAUGAAGCUGAUGUGGGUUCCUAUGGAGGACACGGUGGACAGAACAUAUGCAGGAGAAAACAGAAAAAAUGGCCCUCUACAGGGGGAGGACAAAUCUCCAGGCGCGGAGGACACGGGCCAGAGACGGAGGACGAGCGUUGUAGUAGAACACCCUGCUGUGAAAUCUCCCACAAUGCCUCAGUGCUACAGCUGCCGCAGUUUCCGCCUCCAUCACAGCCCACAGGAGGAGGUGGCAAGUGAGGGCAUAUAUGAGAGCAUGGAGGUGUUCUUCUCUACACCACCUGCUGAGGAACCUGUAUAUCUACAACUCCAACCAUCUGAUCACGCCUCCCCAACCACUCCCACCAAACCAGUACCCCCACCCCGCCCACUCUCCACCCUGCAGGCCCGUCAGAAAGAGAGGAGGAGAACGCAGCCUGUUCUAGCCUAUGUAAUCUCACCGAGAGGAGGCCGUCCACCAAUCAGAUCUCAUAGCAGCUGUGAAAGAGGAAGUGAAGUCCCGCCUCUAAGAAAAACGAAGACAGAGGACCAGAAACAAGACGGAAAAACAGAAAUAAAAGAAGACUCUGAGAGAGGUGACCAGGAGCACGUGAUCUGUGACAAGGCUGGUGGCAGUGAUCAUGGUGCAGAAGGUGAUUAUAGAGGAGGAGAGCUGAUGCAGCACGUGAGCCCCCUCCCCCACAGGAGGUGUGUGAGUGAGUGUGUGAUCCGGGGAGAGGUCAAAUUGUGGCAGCAUCUCGGAGCAGUGAAGCAAAGCGGAGUCUUACACACACUCACCUACAGAGAGAGACAGAGACAGGAGUGUAUGUUUGAGGUUGUGACCUCAGAGGCAUCGUACCUACGCUCGCUGAACGUGCUCAGAGAUCACUUCCUCGGGUCACGGGAGCUGGACGACACACUCGUCAUCCAUGACAAGAAGUCACUCUUCUCCAAUAUCCUGCAGGUGCAUGAGGCCAGCCAAAGGUUCCUGCAGGAUCUGCUGGCUCGAGUAGAUGAGUGUGUGCUCAUCUCUGAUGUGUGUGACAUCAUCUACCACCACGCACACACACACUUCUCUGUGUACAUUGAGUACGUCAGGAACCAGGUGUAUCAGGAGAAGACCUACAGCAAGCUAAUGCAGUGUAACCGUGUGUUCCACACAGUAAUGAGGCGUUUAGAACAAUCUCCUCUCUGUAAUCGGUUGCCAUUUACCUCCUUCAUGCUGCUGCCAUUCCAGAGGAUCACACGCAUCAAGAUCCUGAUAGAGAGUAUUCUCAAGAACACAGUGGAGGGUUCAGAAGAGGAAACCACAGCCUGUAGAGCUCUAACUACAGUGAAUGAGAUGAUCAAAGAGGCAAACACUCAGGUGGGCCAGAUGAAGCAGAUGGAGGAGCUCAUACACAUCGCCACUAUGCUGGAGUUCGACAAACUCAAGGCGAUCCCUCUGGUGUCUCGGACACGGUGUUUGGAGAAACAGGGAGAGCUACAGGAGCUUGUUAAAGGAGGAUCAAUGUUCAGUUUCCGCUUUCGUUUCAACCCCAUCUACAUCUUCCUCUUCAAUGACAUCGUCAUCCUCACCCGAAGGAGCAGUGUAAAUGCCGAUCGCUUCCUGGUUCUUGACCACGCCCACCGCUCUCUGGUUCAGGUCCAGCCCAUAGAGGGAGGAACUCAGAUAGACCACACCUUCUGUCUAAUAAUGCUGGAGAAUCACCAGGGCAAGAUGUGUGAGCGUGUACUAAAGGCUAACAAGGAGUCAGACCUGCACCGGUGGAUGGCAGCAUUUCCAUCUGUCUCUAUGACGAAGGAAGAGAAAGUGUAUGAUGACUGGGACUGCCCCCAGGUCCAGUGCAUCCAGCAGUAUGUUGCAAAACAGGCUGAUGAGCUCAGCUUAGAACCCUCUGACAUUAUCAACAUUAUACGCAAAACAAAUGAAGGUUGGUGGGAGGGGAUUCGACUCUCGGAUCAGACGUCUGGAUGGUUUCCUCACGAUGUUGUGAUCGAGGUCACCAACGAGCACCAGCGCCGCCGCAACCUCCGAGAACAAUACCGAAUCGCCAAGGCAGCCAAUCACAGCACUGCAACCUGAGCUUUAUUGCAGGAGGCUGGUCAUGAGCACCAAAUUCACCUUGAAUGUCCAAUCACAAUAUACCAGAAUGAGCAGAAGCACAGCUACCUAAUCAGAUGCUCCAAACUCAAGCACUGACAGCCAAACCAAACACUUCCAAUGCUGCUUUAAAACAGUCCACCAAUCAGGGCACAGAGAACUCAGACAGCCAAUCAGAGCAUGUGGAGCAGUGAAGUCUCUGAACAGUGAAGUCUCUCCAGUACCCAUUAUUGUAACUAAAAUCAUUGUAAUGUUUAAAGUGUAAAUAAAAAUUGUGAAAUUAAUGUCAUUAUGAAAUUAAAUGAGGACAACUGAGA